AUGUCCAAGAAGAUCCUGACCAUUUUUGGUGCCACUGGCAAUCAGGGUGGAAGUGUCGUCAGUGUGAUCCUUGGAUCUAGCACUCUGUCGUCAAAGUACCAGCUCCGCGCAAUCACCCGCGACACCACAAAGCCCAAUGCUGUUGCUCUGAAGGACAAGGGAGUGCAGCUCGCCAAGGCAGAUCUCAAUGAUGCCGGAAGUGUCGCUGAAGCGAUCAAGGGCUCCUAUGGCGUCUUUGCUGUCACCAACUACUGGGAAACAAUGGACAAAGAUGUCGAGUACAACCAAGGCAAGAAUAUCGUGGACGCUGCGAAAGCAGAAGGCGUAAAGCAUCUUGUCUGGUCCGGACUACCGAAUGUUACUAAGGUCUCGAACGGCGAAUUGACACUCGUGGAGCACUUUGAUAGCAAAGCAGAUGUCACUGAGUACGGCAACAAGAGCAAGGGCGACUCCCUGAUAUUCUCGACCUUCAUGCCUGGCUAUUUCAUGUCCAACCUACCUGGGCAGAUAAAGAAGCAGGAAGACGGGCAGAUCGGGCUUUCGCUUCCGUGGAAUGCUGAGAAGACCUGGGUUCCUCUGCAGGACAUCCGUGCCGACACAGGAAAGUUCGUCGCCGGUCUCUUUGAAGCUGGGUCGUCAGCAAACGGUGUUGCUGUACAGGGCGCUAGCGAAUGGAUUCACCCAAGCGCCAUUGUCGCAAAGGUUGCAGAGGUAUCUGGACAAGACGUUAAGUUUAUUGAACAACCGCUCGACGUGGAGACGACCAAAUCUAUGCCCAAGAUCCCAGGCGAACUGGCUCAGAACAUGCUUUUCGUCCGGGAUUAUAGCUAUUUUGGCCCAGGAGCCGAGCAGAAGCAGGCCGAGUCCGACAAGUUCCUGCCGGAAGAACUGAAGAAGAAGGCGACCUGGGAUGAAUUUGCGAAAGCACAGAAGUGGUCGUUCUAG